CCUCAUAUCUAUAUUACAUGCGUUUCCCUCCGUGCCAUAUUUCGUGGUCAUAUAAGAGCUAAUCAUUGUUUGUAAAAGGGCAGAAUUCAGGGAUUGGUCACGAUCACUUCGACUUGACAUCGUCACUAUCAUAACACUCUUUCUGACGUACGUUAUCGUUAUUGGUAUACCAAUCCCUAGACACAUUAAUGGUGGUACAAGAUGGAUUUAAUAGGCGCUUUGUAGAUGAUCAAACAAUAUCAUUUUGAUAUGUGGAGUUGGAUCGACAUUUAUCUAUAUUGGCUGCUCUCGGCCCGGGGGCUGUUCUGAAUCUAUCUCUAUGUUUAUUAUCGCUGUCAUCUUUACCACUGACCCCAUAACGUCAUUUAGGACGACGUCGAUCGAAGCGGACAAUGAUCUCCUGAGAAUUCAACCCCCACCAUCCAUUGCAUAAAUCAUAUGUUUUGUUGUCUGAACUUAGGUCUUUGAAAUUGGGUGACAUCGGGACAGGCCGUCCGAUUCCCCCUCGUCGUCUUCGUCAACAGUUGCGACGUCUCCGGCGUCGCUGAUCAACGACCAUGUCUAGACCGUGGAUUCGAAUGAGGGAAGUCCGGCUUCCAGGCAGAAUCCAACGAUACUGGGGGUGGGUCGUCACGGUAUGCGCCGCGCUCAUUUUCAUCGUCGUUCAUGGUUUCUUCUAUUCGUUCGGCCUCCUCAUGGUUGAGCUCAUGGAGGAGUUCGACAGUGACGUCACGACCACGGGUUACCUCGGGACGGUCGCCUACGGGUGCACCUGGAUCUUUUGCAUCUUCGCUACACCAGUCGUCAAUCGCAUCGGGUUCCGACCCGCCCUCAUCCUGGGCGUGGUCAUUUGUUCUCUCUCCACCCUCAUCAGUUCCUUCAUGCCCGGUGUAUUACCCCUCUUUGGCUCUUACAGUAUUCUCUUCGGUGUGGGUAACAGCUUCAUCUGCUCGGGUGCCUUCCUCUCUGUCCUUGCCUACUUCCCCGUCAAGCACACCACAUUGGCGUUCGGGAUUUCAACGGCUGGGGUUAACACAGGUAUGCUUGUAUUCAAUCCGAUCAUGUACGCCAUGAUCUCGCGAUGGGGGUGGAGGAACGCCUUGCGUAUCUCGUGCGCCACCUUCCUCAGUAUCGCCCUCCCCUGCACCAUGGUCUUCGUACAACCACCACCGUCACACGACGUGGCCGACGAUGACGACGAAAAACGAUCGCGGCUUUUCAACGAGACUGAAAUCUCAGCUAAAGAGAAGAUGCUUCAGGACGAACCUUUGAGUCAACCGCGCAUGGAGGAGAACGGUUGCAUCGGGGAGGAUUCGAAUGCUCUUGUUGGUAUGGCAACGGACGACAAAGCCUCUGGUUGUUCCGAUGUGAAGUACAGUGCAGGAGAAAGUGGCGGGGAUGAAAAAUUAGUGGCGAUUAGUUCAGAAGAUGGAAUUAAAGAAGUGACGGAAGACAACAAGAAACUGUCCAAGUGUGGUGGUUGGUUACAACUGUUGGGUUACCCGGACGUCUGGCUACUAGGGAUAGGUGUGCUCUGUGGGAACGUAUGCGUGUCUUUUCUUUACUUUAGUACGGUCAAUUUCAUCGUGUUGGCGGGAUUCUCCAAGUGGAAGGCGAGCCUGAUGAUGGCCACCAUGGGUCUGACCGAGAUCUUCGGCAAGAUCCUCAUCGGCAUCGUCGUCGAUCGACUACCGAUUCCGAAAUUAUUCUACAUGAUGGCUGCCAAUUGCGUAGGUGCCGGCGUGCUGUAUGCCAGUUUCUUUGCGAAGACGGAAGCUGUCAUGUUCGCCAUAGUUGCCGUUGAAGGUUGUUUUAUCAUGGCGCCACUCGAUUCCCUCUCUCACUCAGUCGCUUACCAGCUCUACGAAGCUUCUUUCAGCUCUUUCCUGUGGUCUUAUGCCAUGUGCGCAUGUGGUAUUGGAGGGAUUUUGGCAGCCAUGUUUGGUGAAAGUGUGGACAAAACGGGUUCAUACGACACUGCCAUCUACAUCAUUAUCGGUGUCUUUUUCACAGCUUCACUGUUCCUCGUUUUGGUUCCCGUUUAUCAGAGGACUUUCAGCAAGGACCGGCUCAUCGUCUUCAAAAACGCCAGGCAACAUCAGCGGAAGAAACCUGACGAAAUUAAAUACCAAGCUCAGGACACGCUAUGAUGAUAUCAUACAUCAGCCAAUACCGACAGAUUACAAGAUCGCCGUUUCGGACCGUCACGCAGAACGCUUUCGAGAACAUAGAGAACAUAGAGAAUAUAUUGCCAAACGCCCU